AUGAAACUUUUACUAGUAUUAUUUAUUUCUGCUGCUGCUGUUGGUUUAUUAAUUCAUGCUCAACUAACAGACAAGACAACAAUAUCGACUGUAUAUAUUGCCAGUGUUUGUAACUGUGAAUGUUGUACAUCAUCAAAUACAUGUAUUCCAACACACACCACAGCCUAUAUACUUGAAGAAUUAUGUACAUUAACAUCCUGUAAUAAAACAAUUUGUCACGUACUUGAACCAGAAAAAUGUCCAUUACCAGAUGCCAUUGGUCGAGUCGAAACCGAAUGCAAAAAUGAUGAACAAACUUCAACAGCAACUACCGCUGGUACAAUCUCUUCUAAUACAUUUAGUCUUCGAUUUACAUCAGCAGCAUUAAUUGCUGGUUUACACUUGAAGAAGCGAUUUUUUUGUUAG